GGAAGUUAGAAGUAUAAAAAUACCCAUUGUUGUGGGGAAGCACCUGUCGUGUAUCAGCAAUUUACACAUUUGGGAGGCACAUCUCAGUGUAAAUACACUGGGAGAAGUGUGAUAGCACUUGUGAGUAAAGCUACAGACCUCACCAGGCCUGGGUCUACCUGCUCUGCCAAUAGUCCUCUUCUCCAGCUGCACCCAUGCCAGGGUAAACCAGUGUUGCAGCAACAAUAUGAGCGUUACUCCACUAAACAUCUCUCUGGACACUCAGAUUACCACCUCUAACCAGUGGGCUUUGACCAGCUGUCAUCCAAAUGUUCCAAUUAUGAUGUCUGGAUACAGAAGUGGUCGCCUCUGGAUUCAUGAUUACCAGCCUCAGUUCUGGAGUAAAUACCAAGUGUGGGAGUGGCUGCAGCAGGUCAUGGACAUAAACCAGAUUGAUGCCCCCAAUAUCCCGUUCCAAAAUUUUGAUAUGGAUGGCCACCAGCUCUGCAAAAUGACCUACCAGGACUUUGUUCGUGCAGCAGGAAGUCUGGGACCCAUUCUUUUCCACGGCAUAACACAGCUCAAGUGGAACGGGGACCAUGCAGAAAUAAAUCAACCAGAACUAAAACCAGAGUUAGACAUUCCCUAUGCAUUUUCAGAUGUCAGCUCUCCGCAAAUAGAAGUCUUUGACUCCUUGAUACCCCCUCAUGUCUCACCCUCGCUUUCCAGCCCUGAAAUCCAAGUGUCUUACAAUCGUCCACAGCAAGUCAAAAAACACAGUAAGUACAAUAAAAAAACUUAAAACCUCCAUUUGGACUGCAGUCUUGGGACACAAAUCUUGAACAUUUCUUUUUUUUUUCUUUUUUUUUUAUAACGUCCUGCCCAGCU